CGCGAGCCAGCGAUCCCGGCUCGCAACUCCCCUCCAAAGCCAGCAUCGAGAGCACCCUCAUCGCCGCCGCUUCCCUCGCACCACCGCCCCACUACCACCUGCACAUAUCCACCACCCGUCCUCCUCAGCGAGUUCUCCGCAGGACUCGACUCUUGGCCGCGGGCAUUCGCCCGAGGAACCGCCUCUCCCGCGAGGCCUCCCUCUCCCGGUGCCCGGAUCCCCCGAGCUGCCUUCAGGGUGCAAGAUCUCUUCCGUGAUCCGGAGUCUCCACCGUUUUUCUCUCUCAUCUUAGCUCGAUCUCGGAGCGACUGGUCCGAGCUUCUCUUACCCCAUGGGCGGCGGCGGCGGCGGGUUCCGGGGCAGCUGCAGGGUUGGGGCCGUCCUGCUUUUCUCCGCCUGGGUCGCGGUUGCAGCGCUCAGCCGCCUGCUGCGCCCGGUGCCCAAUGGCUGCGUCAUGACCUACAUGUACCCGGCCUACAUCCCCAUCGCCGCCACGCCCCGGAACAUCUCCUCGGAUAGGUAUGGAUUGUUCCUGUACCACGAGGGCUGGAAGCAGAUCGACUUCGCCAAGCACAUUAGGGGACUUAGGGGCGUGCCCGUGCUCUUCAUUCCCGGCAAUGGAGGAAGCUACAAGCAGGUUCGGUCAUUGGCUGCAGAAUCUUUUCGAGCUUAUCAGAAUGGUCCGCUUGAGCCCACCUUUUAUCGGGAAGCAUCUAGCACUUUACCAGCAGAUGAACUCAAAGAUUUUUCGAUUCCUUCACGGUAUGGCCGCAUGUUGGAUUGGUUUGCUGUUGACCUUGAAGGAGAACACUCUGCAAUGGAUGGUCGGAUACUUGAGGAGCAUACUGAAUAUGUUGUCUAUGCGAUUCACAGGAUCCUUGACCAAUACAAAGAAUCACAAUUGGAGAGAUCAAAGGGUGGUGCUAAAUCCUCUCAUGACCUGCCAUCCAGUGUUAUACUUGUUGGCCAUUCGAUGGGUGGUUUUGUGGCUCGAGCUGCUGUAGUCCACCCAAACCUGAGGAAAUCAGCAGUGGAAACUAUACUGACGCUUUCCAGCCCACACCAGUACCCUCCCAUCGCACUUCAGCCAUCGUUGGGUCAUUUCUUCUCCCAUGUCAAUGAAGAAUGGAGAAAGGGAUAUGGGACUGGUGUAUCGCAUGCAAGCAAUUCAAAAUUAUCUAACGUGGUUGUUGUCUCUGUAUCAGGUGGCAUUCAUGAUUAUCAGAUUAGGUCAAGAUUGGCAUCAUUGGAUGGAAUUGUGCCUUCUACUCAUGGCUUUAUGGUAGGAAGCUCCAGUAUGAAGAAUGUUUGGUUAUCCAUGGAGCAUCAAUCUAUCCUAUGGUGUAAUCAAUUAGCUGUACAGGUUGCACACACUCUUCUUAGCAUAGUAGAUCCUGUUGACAGACAUCCAUUUUCAAGCACACAAAAGAGAGUUUUUGUGUUCACAAAAAUGCUCCAAAGUGCAGUUCCUCAGUCUUUGAGUUCAAUGGCUCACGUUCCUGCUUCUCUGUCACAAACUUUACCUGCCAAUGGGAACCAGAAUGCUGGUGAACUACACAAAAAAGGUUCACUUUCUUGCCCACCAUCCACUCAAUGGACUAGUGAUGGCCUUGAAAAGGACCUGUAUAUUCUGUCAAAUUCAGUUACUGUUUUAGCCAUGGAUGGCAGGAGAAGAUGGUUAGAUAUUAAAAAGCUGGGAUCAAAUGGUAGAAGACACUUUGUUUUUGUAACAAAUCUUGCCCCUUGUUCUGGAGUAAGGAUUCACUUGUGGCCAGAAAAACACCAUUCACCUGUGCUAAAUGAAUUAUCUGCCAGUAAAAAGAUAGUGGAAGUUACAUCAAAGAUGGUCCAAAUUCCUGCAGGACCUGCUCCAAAACAGGUUGAACCUGGGAGUCAAACUGAGCAACCACCUCCUUCGGCAUUUCUACUACUGAGUCCAGAAGAAAUGAGUGGUUUCAGCUUCAUUACUGUAUCAGUAGCACCUCGACCGACUAUUUCAGGUAGGCCUCCACCAGCAGCCUCUAUGGCAGUGGGGCAGUUCUUUAAUCCUGAGGAAGGGGCAAGUGCACUUUCUAUUGGAACGAUCAUCCGCUCCAGUUUUGCUCCUGAAGAAAUAUUUCUGUUGGAGGAUCACCCAUUGGCUCUAAACUUGUCAUUUUCUGCAAGCCUUGGCCUUCUACCAGUAACUUUAUCACUGAAAACUGCUGGAUGUGGAAUAAAAAAGGCUGGUGAUCAAAUGGAAGCUGAGAGAAAUAACCUUUGUAAAUUGCGGUGCUUUCCGCCUGUUGCCUUGGCAUGGGAUUCUGUAUCUGGCCUACACAUCAUUCCAAAUAUAUACUCAGAGACUAUAGUGGUUGAUUCAUCACCUGCCUUUUGGGAUUCACAUGAACGGGACUGACAA